AUGGACAAGACAAAGAAGGAGCAGGAGCUUAAGGCUCGGGAGAACGAGCGCUGCUGGAAGAAGGAGGACGUCGCCAAGUGGGACGAACAGAUCUCUACUAUGGCUGAGGAGAUUUCUGGGAUCGAGACACAAGAAGCUGCCAUCAGACGUAGGAAUGAGGCUAACAUCAGAGAGGUGGAGCGGAAGGGCGAAAAGGAGCGCAAGGAAGUGGCUACGGUCGAGGAGGAAGCCAAGGAGAAGAGCCAGGCCAUGCUUUACUGGAAGAGGAGCGCAAAGAACUCCAUGUCGAUGAUGAUACGGACGAAACUCGCGAAACCAGCCGAAGAGAACAGGAGCGUGAGGCCAAAUGGCGCGGCCGGUUCCAGGAACUCCUUAGCACCCACAACAGGCUCCACAAUGCCUUGCAGCAGGCUACAAUGUAUCUCAACAGCACCAGGGAUCGUCUGCAGUACUAUGAAUCGAUCCGCCAGAACCGAGCCGUUUCGUCUGCGCCUCCUCCACCGCUCAACCUUGAGCCCCAGCGACAACGGUCCAUCCGUCGUCCAAGACAUACCGGCUCCCACGGUAGUAGCGUCUGUUCGCCUCGUUGGCCGGUUGUGGCUGAACCCUUCCAACCAGAAACCACGACGUUUGGUCCGAGCUAUUUUAACCCUCAGAACGGUAUGA